AUCGCGAAAGUUUGCAUUGAUCAAUUGUCGAGAAUGAAGUUUCUGGCAGUGCUCGGUUUAUUUGUGGUUGCCGUUUCGGCAUCGAAAAUUCCAGAACGGGAAAACCGUGUCGCAGGAGGUUCAAUCGCCGAGGCCGGUCAAUUCCCGUACGCCGUGGGCAUAAUCACCAGAAUAAACGUCCUGCUGUCGGGUCAGUGUUCAGGAUCACUACUUUCUACGCGAACCAUUCUAACAUCUGCGAGAUGUGUUUCGGGAAUUCAAAAUGCAGUGGUCGUGUUGGGAGGACUUCUAAUUGACGACGAAACGGAAGCGGGUCAAGUUCGUCAAACGGUAACACAAUUUAUCAUACACAACGGUUAUAUCGAAGAUACGGAUGACUUCGAUGUCGCGUUGAUUAUUCUACCGAUACCGAUUUCCUUCACCGACAACAUCAGACCGGUGCGGUUGCCAAAUCGGCGGCAGGUGGAAGCUAGUUUCAAUGGACAGCAAGGUACCUUCAUUGGUUGGGGACAGUUCGAUGGUUCGAACAACUCUCCGGUGCUUCGUUUUGGAAGAUCGCAAAUCAUUUCCAAUCUAGCGUGUACCCUGAGUUUACCCACCAACACCAUCGUCGACGAACACAUCUGCACAGAAGGAUUCAGCUCGGCUGACAACCGGGGAGCGCCGUGUCCAGGCGAUGCUGGAGCUCCAUUGACCAUUGUCGAUGCCGAUGGUAUCACGACCCAGGUUGGGGUGUUCUCAUUCAACUCCGCCUUGGGUUGCAACAGUGGACGGGCAACGGUUUUCACCCGCAUGUCGGCUUAUCUUAAUUGGAUCGGAGAAAAUUCUGAUGUGGUAAUCGUGGACGAUUUCUAGUCCGAAUGUGCGAUUGUAUUUUAAGAGAAUAAAAUUUCCUUCCACAAUAAA